GCGUGUCUGUCCAAAAGUCAGCAGCGCCGACAGAGCAAAGAAAGCCGUGAGAAGAGAUGACGGUCGAGACCAGAGUCAGCGACCCAAGGGGAGCUGCCAAAACAAGCAGCAGACAGGAGGGCCCUGGAGGGAUUUGGGACUCUGUGAAGAAAACUGUGGUUGUCAUAGGAUCUGGAAUCUUAUUCUUGGCCGCUUUCAGCAACUCACUGACAUGGCAUCUUCAGAGAUUUUGGGGCGCGUCUGGAGAUUUCUGGCAGAACUUGUGGACGAAGCUGUUUGUGAUGUUUGAGGGUCACGACGCUACUCUGUUCUAUUUGGGGACCAUGUUGCUCCCCACUCUGGCAUUCUGGGGGUCCAACGGUCUGCUGCUGCUGGUGGACACCACCGGUAAACCCUCCUUCAUCGCUCGAUACCGCAUCCAGGUGGACAAGAACAGCCCGGUGGAUCCAGCUAAGCUGAGCCAUGCGGUGAGGAAUGUCAUCUUCAACCAGGUGUUCAUCUCGAUGCCCAUGGUGGUAGCAGUUUACUACCUGAUGAGCCUGAGAGGAAACCCCUGUGGUCCUGAGCUGCCCACCUUUCACUGGGCCCUGAUGGAGCUGGCCAUGUUCUCCAUCUUGGAGGAAAUUAUGUUUUAUUAUUCACACAGGCUGUUCCACAGUCCCAGCCUCUAUAAGCAUUUCCACAAACAGCACCACGAGUGGACCGCUCCCAUCGGAAUCGUCUCCAUCUAUGCUCAUCCUCUGGAGCAUGUGAUCUCCAACAUGCUUCCAGUGGUGUUGGGUCCAGUGAUCCUGGGCUCCCACCUCUCCACCACCUCCAUGUGGUACUGUCUGGCUUUUAUCAGCACCACCAUCUCCCACUGUGGAUACCACCUCCCCUUCCUGCCCUCGCCCGAGUUCCAUGACUUCCACCACCUAAAGUUUAAUCAGUGUUUCGGGGUCUUUGGCGUGUUGGAUCGGCUUCAUGGCACCGACACCAAAUUCAGGCAGACCAAGCAGUAUGAACGCCACACCCUCCUCACCAGCCUCACCCCUCUGAACGAGAGCGUCCCUGACACACCCAAGAAGGGCCAAUGAGAACCUUUGACAACAGGCCCACACCUCCUCCCGUCUGGGAUCAGUUUGUGUUCAAUCAUCAAUGGCUCUUAAUAUUUUAAUCCAGACUGAGAGUUUCAGACUGAGAGUGUCUGAAAGAGUUUGAAUAUUUUAGAUCCACAUCUUGUUUUUGCACUUUAUCAAACAUUCAGAUUUCAUGGGAGUUGUUUUGCUGUUGGUUUGUUUGGCCUUCAUGUUCACAGAGUGUCUGCCACUGAGGUUCUUUUUAACCAAGUUUCCUCCCAUCAUUUCAUGGAUGGUCAGAUACACAAUCGUUGAAGUGGUAGUAGUUGAAGGUUAUUCUCCAGUAACACUUAAUGAUGUGGCCUUAGUUAGUGUGGCGUUUAUGGAAGCUACAUUUAAUACAAAAUUGACCAUCACAUAUUUACUCCGGAUAUAUUAAGUAAUAAGUCUGUGGAUGGUUAUUCUAAAUAUUUACAAGGUGUUGGUAUUAAAAGGGAUUUUAUUUUUUAGAUCAUUUUAUGUCUUUGAUUACAAGAAUUCUAAUUUUAGAUUUUAGGCAAAUCAAAUUUCAGGAAAGACACAAGGACUCCGUUUGUAGUAACAAUUGGUGAAUGAUGAAGGUAAAAAGAAUGGGGGGGGCAUUUGUAGCAUCUGAAAUGUAGGGAGAUUUGUGCGAGAGAAGGUAUUAAUGCUUUACAGCUUCUGACAAUUCUGAACAGCAGCGCCACAUCUGAUUUAUUCAGAUAUAUGUUCUUAUGGUAAAUUCAUAUUUAUGAUGCAGAUGUUGAUGUUGAUCAUCUACGAGAUCCGACAGAUGUGUAAUUUGAUAACCACUAAAUCACAUGUUCUCACUUUUCUUACUCUAAGCUUUAAUGUAGGUGGAGUCUUUUUGUUGUCAUAAUUUUUACACAUUCUGUAUUUUACAUCGUGUAGUAACAGCACUUCAAAAGCUCAACAGUACAGACUCUUCUGAUGCGUUCACUCUCUGCUCAUGCAGAAGAGACUCUUGCACUUAUGAGUGAAUGUAUGAGAAUAUAUAUUAGAGGAGGCCUCUGAGAGUGUUGUAAAAUAAGACAUGAAUGUUGAGAAAGAAUUGUCCUACUGUGAUUGAUGUAAUGCUCGGACUGGACUGUUUAAUAAUAAAAACAUUUGAAGAAUAAACGUG